UUAAAAUGAGUAUUGUUUUUCCCUUUUUCUAGUCACUGGGAACUACAACUUUUCUAAUAUAAAAGUGGUUUAGGAGCCACUUUAUCCACUAACCACUUAGUGGUUUAUCUUGCCAGUUCCCUCAGGACCCUCAGAUGCCUACAGUCCCAGGGGCUUGAGUGCAUUCAGAUUCCUUAGUCUCAAGCCUGACUUUCUGCAGUGGACAGUACUUGGUUCUCCCAUCCCUGCCUUUGGAUUGUAUGACUUGGGCAGUGUGACUAGAACCCUGACCUGUGUCCCCAUGCUCCAGUGUUUUCCAUUGUUUCAGAAAGAUUUAAUACAGAUAGAAGUACUUUUAAAGGUAGUAUAAUUAAAAAUAUAAAAUGAGUUGGCUGUUUUUCUUCAGAAGAAUGUGUAGAAUUGAUCUUGUUUAAUGACUGUUGUUCUUGGUUUUUUAGGCUAUACUGUAGUCCAUCCAUUUACACCAGUGGGGAAAAAUUUAGAACUGCUAUUGGUGCGUGAUGAGGAGGAUCUGAAAAGUUGGGAGAAGCAAAAUGUGCCAUUGAGUAUUUUGACUAGAUUAAAGGAAGCCAGCAGAACAGAGAUAAAUCAUACCAGGUUAUCAUGUCUAGCCCUGUGUUUUGACCUUAUUAAAAAAUGUGCAGCUCUCUAUGAACCUUUACCAUCAUUCCAUGAAAUAAUGCAUCCUGUCAGAAUACUCCUUACACAACAUGUGCCAGUUAAUGAAUAUCCUGAAAAAUUGCAGGAAUGUUAUCACAGUGCUCUGAAAGAGCUGGAGAACAAAGUAAAGCACUAUACCCCACUGAUAUGUGAGAAAAAGAAGCCAGUGCCAUUGAAACAGUAUACCCCUAAAAUUGUCAAAGUCUUAGAGUUUGGAAAAAAGCAGGCAGGCAGCAAGAAGGAGCAAGAAAGAAAGCAGUUGAUCCAGAGGCAUAAACGUGAACUCAAAGGAGCCAUUCGUGAGAUUCGGAAAGAUAACCAGUAUCUGGCUAGAAUGCAGCUGUCAGAAACCAUGGAGAGAGAUUCAGCCAGAAAAAGAAAAGUGAAAGAGCUUCUUGGUAGCCUUGCUACUCAGGAAGGUGAAUGGAAAGCAAUGAAAAGGAAUAAAUGGAAGAAUUAACUGGGACUCUCUACAGCAGGGAGCUUGCUGCCAUAUAAAACACCCCAGUCAUGGCUUUUGAAUAGAUUUUAAUUGCAUUUUUUGGAUGCAUUCCUUUUGAGGAGACAACAUCAUUGGAUCUGUUUGAAAAAAUGAACCUGCUUAUUAGGACAAUCCGCAGCUUUUCAUAAGGAAAAUAAAAAUAACACUUUUGUACAUGG